AUGGAGCGCGACGCGACGAAUGCGGACGACGCACCUGGACAGAACGACCCUAACGCUCUGGCAUCCCAACACAACGGCACGGUCUUGACAACGCCGAGUGAACCAGCAGAAUGUGCACAACAGGCACACGACGCCCGGAGCGAUGAGACUGAUAGUAAGCUGCAGCGUGUGUGUUCUGGCAAUGAUUGGGCUGACGACGACGACUUUGCUCUAGUCUUGACACGCCGCAUGACACGUAGCAUGCCAACGAGAGGCCUACCUCGUCGGCAGCCUGAGUCGCCGGCCGUUCAUGCAUCCCUCACAAGCCUCUCCUCUGAAGAUACCGUGCUGACCGUCGCCGUCACGUCGCUGGAAGCUCUGCAGACACAGGGGACCAGAAGUGAGUAA